AUUAAUGCAACAGAUACACGCAACCAAGGCAAGGAAGAAAGGCAAACGCAGAAAUUAGCAUCAUCAACAGCAUAGAUAUAACCAGAGCUCUCGAGUAUACUCGAUGAUAAUCCAUCCAGUCAAAGCGAUAGCAAAGCGAACUUCACACAAAGCUUCAUAUCAAAGCAUCGAUAUUUGACCAGAGCAGCACACAACUAACACUGUGCAAUAAAAGUCAACCGACAUUUAGCAGCAGUUAGCAGUUUGACGAGUCAGUCGCGCACAUACGGACGCACACACCUCAACCACCUACAUACUCGUACCUUGCUUAUUACCGAACUACCGGCUUAUCUACCGAUUAGCAUAUGUAUAUAUACAUAUAUGCAUUUUGUUUUUAUGUAUGUAAAUACUAUAAGUAAGUGUGCGAGCGCUUCAACUUUUAUUGUAUUCAUUAUUCUGUGCCUAAAAAGAGCAGACGCUCAGUAGUCAGUCGCAUUGUCGCAGAUUGGAUUUUUUGUUCAACAAGGUUGACUUGAAAAACUCAGUUGAAGUGCGCGAAUUUAUCAGAACGUUGCCAGACGCGCAACGUGAAACAACAUAACUUACAUAGCUGCGAAAAAAGAGAAAAAAGAAGAAGAAGAAGAAUCAAAGACGAGUUAAAAGUGUGCGUCAAUGGGAAAAUAAAUAAAUUUUGGGUCGAAACUGGAGUGCGAGCAGACUGUAGCUCUCGUUUUGGAGUUAUCGAAAAUUGGCUAAAACACGACUUUCUAUCUUUUGCUGGACCACAAAAAAAAAGAGGAACGUACAUAUGUAUACCUAAAAGCCACAAUAACUCAGGCGAUUUUUUUGUUUGUUUGUGUCUUGUUUUAGCACCGCAACGAAACCAAAAGUAUUUUUGCAUUUUAUUACCAACAUUUUUGCAACAGGCAAACGUGACAGAAAAGAGACAAAAGAAAAUAGUGCUAUAGCAAGCUGACGAUGAUAGUAGUAGUCAAGCAUUUUGCAGCUAAAAAAAGUGAAAAUAUUUCAAAACAAUAAUUGCAACAAAUUAAAAAAAAACUAACAACUUAAAAUAAACCGCGCUACCUCAAAACAUUGUAAACCAAGAGAAAUAACUAAAAAAUAGCAAUAAAAAUUAACUAAAAAGAAAAACACAGACUUAGUUUACAAUAGCGAAAGAAAAUUGUGUAACCAACCGCAGUCAGUAUUAUUUCGAAAUAACUUAAUAAGCAAUAAAAAUUCACUGCAAAUUUGCUAAGAAAACCGUAAAGUAUUUACUCGCCUACUCGUAUUUGUUGUUCGCUUUAACCUUGAGUCAAUCUGAAUUCGCUAUACAAAAUAGAGCUUAACGAAUUCCAAGAGAAAGAGUGCAAUUUGUUUUGAAAACAUUAACAGCAACAAAACUAGAAGUAAACACACUAAUUCACACACAACCAGCAAAAUGUCUACUUCGAAGGAACAGAUUUACGCCAGUCAGGAUAAUGACUUGGAUAAACCAAAAGGAUGUUUCUCCACACGUUAUUUUGUUACUUUCAUGCUCUUCUUGGGCAUGGCCAAUGCCUAUGUGAUGCGUACAAAUAUGUCUGUGGCUAUUGUGGCUAUGGUCAAUCAUACAGCCAUCUCCAGCGGUAAUGAAGAUGUCGUAGACGAUGAGUGUCCACAUCAAAAUCUAACUGUGGUGGAAAAUGGACAAGAUGGCAGCUUCGCGUGGAGUUCAAGUUUACAGGGCUAUAUUUUAUCUUCAUUCUUCUACGGAUAUGUGAUAACGCAGAUUCCAUUCGGUAUUUUAGCGAAAAAAUACGGCGCCAUGAACUUCCUCGGCUGGGGUAUGUUGCUCAAUUCGGUUUUCGCCUUCCUCGUGCCAGUUGCCGCCUACGAAGGUGGUGUCUAUGGUCUCUGUGCGAUACGUUUUAUACAGGGACUCGGUGAAGGCCCCAUUGUGCCAUGUACGCAUGCGUUACUCGCCAAAUGGAUACCACCCAAUGAGCGUUCACGUAUGGGUGCCGCUGUCUAUGCAGGCGCACAAUUUGGUACAAUUAUUUCGAUGCCGCUGUCGGGUCUGUUGGCCGAGUAUGGUUUUGCUGGUGGUUGGCCGUCGAUUUUCUAUGUUUUCGGCGCUGUUGGCACAGUUUGGUCUAUAGCUUUCCUUUGGCUAGUCUAUGAGGAUCCCUCAUCACAUCCACGCAUCGAUGAGCGUGAAAAGAAGUACAUCAAUACAAGUCUUUGGGGUACAGGCGAUCAAAAGGUACCUGCCAUACCCUUCAAGUCUAUCGCCAAGUGCCUGCCUUUCUAUGCCAUUCUGCUUGCCCACAUGGGUCACAACUAUGGCUAUGAGACGCUAAUGACAGAGUUGCCCACUUACAUGAAGCAAGUGCUGCGCUUCUCGCUGAAGGCCAACGGUUUGCUGUCAUCGCUGCCCUAUCUGGCUAUGUGGCUCUUCUCGAUGUUCAUUUCGGUGAUUGCGGAUUGGAUGAUCACGUCCAAUCGUUUCACACACACAUCGACAAGAAAGAUUAUCAACAGUAUUGGUCAAUAUUGUCCUGGUAUUGCGCUUAUUCUCGCCUCAUACACUGGCUGUGAUCGUGCCUUAACGCUUGCCAUACUCACGGUGGGCGUGGGUCUUAACGGGGGUAUCUACUCUGGCUUCAAAAUCAAUCACUUGGAUUUAUCGCCACGUUUUGCCGGCUUCCUGAUGGCCAUCACAAAUUGCUUGGCAAACUUGGCUGGUCUGCUGGCGCCCAUUGCCGCUGGCAAUUUAAUUAAUAAUAAACCUACCAUGGGUCAGUGGCAGAUCGUCUUCUUCAUUGCUGCCUUCGUGUAUAUUUUCUGCGCGACUUUCUAUAACAUCUUCGGUUCCGGUGAACGUCAAUGGUGGGACAAUCCAGCCAAUGACGUUAAGGAACCAGCAGCAUCUGUUAUGCCAGCAACAACGACGCUGACAACGAAUGGUGCGCAUCCACGCUUUCUAACGGGCGUGGACAAUGGUUUAGCUGCGGCGACGGGGAAUAUACGCGAAACAGGACAAUAAGUGAUGAGCGUUCGAGCGUUUAAGAAUAAGAAGCAACUCGAAAUUCGGUUAUACGCUCGCGAUUUAAAGCUGUGCAAGUUAUGUAGAUGAAAACAGGCAGACAGUUAGUUGUUUAAGAAUAUUGACUUUAUUUUUAUUUUUUGAAUUUUUAACGCUAAGUUAUAGUGAAUUUAAGUGCGAUAAAUAGGUAUAUGUGUAUUAGUAACACUAAAAAUGUACCAAGAUUAAAAAAAAAA